CUUAGACUUUAAAUAGCGGCAGCAGCAGAGCGUUUUAGAGAGAUCACUGUUAAUCAACCACUUCAACAGUAUCCGUUUUAUAUAUCAUUUGGAACAUAUCUGUUGUGGGGUUAUCCGGACACCAUGGCCAGCUCCGCUCUACAGCUCCUCGGUUUUCUUAUCUCUCUGAUAGGCGUCGCCGCCACCGUCGCCGCUACUGUCAUGGUCGAGUGGACGAAGAACUUUCGAGGCGAGCAUCGCACAUACGAGGGCUUAUGGAUGGAGUGCGAGAGCGAUGAUAUAGAGCUAUGGAUCUGUGAAACUCACCAGACUCUGAUCAAACUACCUAUUGAGAUCCAGGCAACCAGAGCGGUGAUGCUGGUCAGCCUCUUUUUGUCUGCUGUGGCUGUGAUGGUUUCUGUCGUGGGAAUGAAAUGCACCCACUUUUUGGACGACGUGCCCGACAGCAAGUCCAAAACAGCUUUGACUGGAGGCAUCCUGUUCAUGAUUUCAGGUUUAUUGACCAUCAUCAUCACCUCCUGGUACGUCAAAAUGAUUGUUACAGAAUCCGGGGAAUUGGACGAUAAACUACGCAAAGAGUUCGGACAUGCAGUGUUUGUCAACUGGGCUGGUGGAUUGCUCACAGUGAUUGGCGGCAUUUUCCUGAGCUGUAUGAGAUGCUGUGGGACCAAAUCAUCUGUUUCCAGAAGCCCCAGCCAGCUCCUCCCCACCACAAAACCCAAGAGCAAUUAUGUCUAGUGGAGCAACCAGAAGAAGGGAGGAAGCAUCCCACUUUAAAAAUGAUGAAAAAGUGCCCAUACUCUUUAAAUAAUUAUAUUAGUAUACGGGAUUGACUUUUGUAGGAUUUUCUUCUAUUUUCAGCUGUAAGAAUUAAGUACUAGUGUAGAUUAAUCAAAAAUUCUGUUUCUAUAAGUCUACAAGUUGAGUUACACAUCCUGGACUUUCUCACUUUGUAUACAUGUGAAAUCUGUUCUGAUAAGAAAUACUGAAAAGCACUUGAUUCACAGUUGUGACACUGUACUGUCUUGGUUAACUUUAUUAUACUAACCUCUGUUUUCACACUGGUGUUAAUCUACGUUUAUUUUUAUAUGUAUAUGGCUAUUAUGUUUAAAGUUGUGUAUUAUAUUAUAUAUAUAGUUGUAUUAAAACAUGGUGUGCAUAAGAAUUCCAUAAGGCACACUCAGGUUUUUACCAUAUAAAGUUAUUAGUGUUUUAGGUGCCUUAUUGGUCAACUCAGGGAACUUGAGGAAUGUCUGUCUGAGAAGCUCUAUGAAGUGCUUCACACAGAUUUUCAGUGUUUUUGAUGCCUGACUUUUUUGUUGUAAAUCUUUUUAUUAUACAUGAAGCUGGUGUCCGAAAACAUUUUUUCCUGAAAGCCAUUUUUUCCCACAUCACCUGACCCAAGAUACAUCAGCCUCCAGGUUGUUUGUUUGUUUGUUUUUUUAAGAUUGUUUAUGCGUUAUAUGUUA